AUGACUGAAGAAGGAAGACAAGAUCUUACUCCAGAACAAGAACGCCGCAAGAGACGACGUGAGUUGAGACAAAAAAAAAUCAUAGCUAAAGCUGGAGAUAGAUUGCAGCAGAUCACACAAACACAUAAUUUGGAAGUACCAGCGAAAAUCUCACCAGCGAACAGCCAACAAUCGUCUCCGACUUCUACCGAACCUCCUGCUAGACUCGUCGAAUGCUAUAAUGAUCCAACUUCCUACUCCACAUAUUUACGAGAAAAACCUGACGCACCAGAAGUCACAGUAUCCUCCCCCUCUACUUCAAACGGUGAAACAGCAUUCAAUUUUUCAUCUUCCCCCGAACGAAUAGUUAGCAAUAAUGGCAGCACCUCAACAAGACUCUCAUCUCCAACACCAAUACCACAGCCACAAGGCCAUGCUACGCGAAGACGUUACUCUACGCCUCCAUCACCCACCACCACUGGAACUACACCACCAACCAGUGGAUUCGCACCCUUUCAACAGACAGGAGAUGACAGCGACGGAUACAUGGAUGAUGACUACUUUCGAUUAAUGUUAGAAAAUUUUCGAGCACGGAAUAACAGUACCGGCUCGCUAGCGUCAACAGUUGGAGGCAGUGUGUCUAAUGAGAUGCCGUAUCAUAUAUCUUCGUCAGUUGCCGAAGAAUCGGAAACAGAAGAUCAAUCACAACCGUUAGAUCAAUUACCGUUCCCGUUCCCGUUUGCUAAUCUGCAGUUUCUACCACAAGGAUUCACGUUUCAAAUGACCGGUCAGGGACAGAGGGAGACGGACGUCAAGAGCAAACUAUGGGAUUUAACACAUCUCUUGGUCAUGUUUGGGAUUGGGUUAUAUACCGUGAUGGAAGAGUUUUCUGUGGAAAAGGGAGCAUGGAGUAGGUUCGCGUCGUUGAAGAGAUCGGGUGAGAGUAUUGGAUAUUGGCCUUUAUUUUGGUACUUUACACUAGCUGAAGUAAUAUUACAGUCAACGCGAAUACUAACCUCUGAGAGUCCUCUCUUCCAAAAUCCAUCUGUAAUCAACACACUUGCAACAAGAUUGCCUCGACCAAUUCUUGAUGUUGCUACGAUCUUGGUGCGAUACAAGUUGAUAUGGGAUUGCAUCUGGACGGACAUUUGUGUGUUAGUAUUUCUUGUUGGAUGUUUCGUUGUUGUUGCAUCGUUGUUUGCAGGAUAA